GCUCUGGCCCCUUCCUUUUCCUCCAUCUUGGAAUCCAGUGCGGGUGAGAGGAAACUGGGUCUGUUUCUGUGGGGGAAUUGAAUGGUUGUCUGCAUCUGGACAUUGACAGUACAACAUGUCUGGCAGAUUGUGGUGUAAAGCGACCUUUGCUGGCUACAAGAGAGGCCUCAGAAAUCAGCGGGAACACACAGCCCUGCUGAAAAUCGAAGGGGUCUACGCUCGGGAUGAAACGGACUUCUACUUGGGCAAAAGAUGCGCCUAUGUAUACAAAGCAAAAAAUAACACAGUGACCCCAGGUGGAAAACCUAAUAAAACUCGUGUGAUCUGGGGUAAGGUGACCAGAGCUCAUGGCAACAGUGGCAUGGUCCGUGCGAAGUUCCGCUCCAACUUGCCUGCCAAAGCCAUGGGACAAAGAAUCCGUGUGAUGAUGUACCCUUCAAGGAUCUAAAUUUCUUAAAAUAAAAAACAAUCUUGAUCUCUCAAA